AUCCUGGCCAGAGAUAAAAGCAAACUCAUACAAAAGAAGCUCGAUUUCGAAAAGAACAUGAAGCCAACUAGAACAAGCAAGGAACUCGGCAAAUCCCGACACAUUAGGCAGAGUGCCAACCCAGAUUCCGACGAAUUUCAGUCGGACCAUGGCGAAUUUCAUCACAAAGAUGCUCGGAGAACUCAAAAAAGAAAGAUCUCAAAUGUGGCUGAAGCAGAAGAGUCGCGAGAUCCAAAUUAUCAUGCUGAGGAUGAAAUACACGCU